GAGGUUACAUUACUGCAAGUCAACAAUCAACAAGAACCCUACAAAGUCCGACGACGAACGCGAGGAAUGCGCGACCGCCUCGGGGAAGCGAAAAAAGAAAAGAAGAAAAAAAAAUUGGAAGAAAGAGGCUUGACCGCACGAGACAAGGCCAGGGGUUCGGUUCGUUGUUGUCAUUUCAGCUCUUUGAGAGGUACAAUUCCAAUAUGUCACCGGCACACCGAGUCCGACCGAACGUGGAGAUCAUGCAUCCAAUUUGAACAACACGCCAAACAAAUGGUCAAUGUGCCGUUUGUCUCUCGUCGAUCAUGGAGUGAGACCCGUGAUGGCGCAACUCCCAUCCCCUUGCUGAACCUGAAAAAGAAACUGCAAGAAAUUCCCAAUCGCUUGGGUCCAAAACAUCGACUGGAGCGCGGUAACGUUGUGCGCCCACCACCUCCCGUCUCCGUGGGAUGGAUGGCGCGCAAAAAGGAUGUCUCAGGACAAUUGGACAAUAGUGAUUCUGGUGUCUUCAGCCUCCUUUCUUGGUCUCUGCCGUGUCACCGCGUUCCUAGAUCGAAUGCUUGGCCUAGACUCCUGGGCCCCCCAAUGAGACCAAACAUUCCUUAUUCGUUUUUGUCAUUUCUUUUUUUGAUCAAUAUGCUGUUUCUGUUUCUGCCUGUUAUCUUCACCGGUCGACCGGUGGUGAUCAACGUCUCUGUUUCUCAUUGCCAACCACCAGCUUUCAGCUUCAUCUGACCUUGCUUAUUAUUCCUCCACUCUCCGAAUAUCUUCGGUCAAGGUCCCAAGGGAUGGAGCUGAAAACCCAAGUCCGGGGAGUGGUAUUCCCGUGGCUAUUCUUAUCGAGACCCUUCCUCUGUAACCUGUCUCUCGCUUGCUU